AACACUCUGACACUCAGAGUCGACGCGGCAGCAGAGCUCUGCGCUCCAACUAUGGAUGUUUGAUAAGAGGGGAAACAGAGAUAGGACUAAAGAAGACUGCCGGUGGAUGUGUGAGUCUGUGGCCGGGCUGCGGUGGAUCUGUGCCGGCCCCGGAGUGAAUGGGAUUACGCCGGUUGUUCCGCGUCUCCUGUCGGUGCUGCUGCUGGAGGAAACAUGCGGCUGCAGAGCUUCCCGGUCCCCUCGGUUCUCCUCCCGCUGCUGCUACUGCUGCUCGGGCUCUGCAGCGGCACAAGUUUCCCAAGUAACAUCAACAUAGGAGGCCUUUUCCCCACCGGCUCCCAUGAAUACGAGGUGUUUCGUUUUGCCCUGGCGCAACACCAGGACGUCCCCAAACUGGUGCCACAAGUGGACAUGGUGGACACGGGGAGCAGCUUCGCCAUGACCUACGCCUUCUGCUCCCAGUUCUCGAAGGGCGUGUACGCCAUCAUGGGUCUGUACGACCGACGGACGGUCAACAUGCUGAUGUCUUUCUGCGGCUCUCUGCACGUCUGCUUCGUUACGCCAUCCUUCCCCGUUCAGACCAACAACCAGUUCGUCCUGCAGCUGCGGCCCCAGCUGCAGGAGCCCCUCAUGGCCCUGCUGGAGCACUUCUAUUGGACCAGGUUCGUCUACAUGUACAGCUCCGACUCAGGUCUGUCGGUGCUGCAGAGGAUCUUGGACACGGCGGCGGAGCGGAGUUGGCAGGUCACGUCCAUUAACUUGGACACUCUGACAGAAACAUCCUUCGUCAAGCUGCUGGCCGACCUGGACUAUAAGAAGGACUUUCAGAUCAUCAUCGACUGUGAGCUGGAGCGACUCAACUCCAUCCUCAACCUGAUUGCUGCUCAGAGGAGAAACCUGAAGAACUACCAGUACAUCCUCGCCAAUAUGGGCUUCAUGGACCUGAACAUGACAGAGUUUCAGAAGCUGGGGCCGAACGUGACAGGCUUCCAGCUGGUGAACCAGUCCGAUCCAGCUGUGGAGAAGAUUAACCAGGACUGGCUGGACUUCGACAGCAAAGACCUCAAGCUGGCCCGCAGGAGGCUUAGGUACACAGGAGCUCUGACCUACGAUGGCGUCAGUGUCAUGGCGAUGGCUUUCCAGAACCUGCGGCGGCAGCGGAUCGACAUCUCACGCCGUGGGAACGCAGGGGAGUGUCUGGCAAACCCUCCCGCUCCAUGGGGACAGGGCAUCGACAUACAGAGAGCCCUGCAACAGGUGCGUCUGGAGGGGCUGACAGGUCGGGUUCAGUUUGAUGAGCGAGGACAUCGCACUAACUACACUCUGACUGUGAUGGAGCUCACCCACACUGGACCCAGGAAGAUUGGCUACUGGAAUGAGAGAAGAGGCUACGUGAACACAGCCGUCUACAAGCCGGUGGUGGAGGAGUUCCACGGUCUGCAGAACAGAACAUACAUAGUCACCACCAUACUGGAAGCUCCCUACAUGAUGCUGAAGAAGAACCAUGAGCAGUUUGAAGGAAAUGACAAGUAUGAAGGUUACUGUGCUGAACUGGCCGCAGAGAUCGCCAAACAUGUCGGCUUCGUCUACCGGCUUGAGCUGGUGGGUGACGGCAAGUACGGCGCCAGAGACAUUGAUACAAAGAUGUGGAACGGCAUGGUGGGAGAACUGGUGUACGGGAAGGCCGACGUGGCGGUCGCCCCCCUGACCAUCACUCUGGUGCGAGAGCAGGUGAUCGACUUCACCAAACCCUUCAUGUCUCUGGGAAUCUCCAUCAUGAUCAAGAAACCCACCAAGUCCAAACCGGGUGUCUUCUCCUUCCUCGACCCGCUGGCCUACGAGAUCUGGAUGUGCAUCGUCUUCGCCUACAUCGGAGUCAGCGUGGUGCUUUUCCUGGUGAGUCGUUUCAGUCCUUAUGAAUGGCAGGGCGACGACUCUGAUGAUGAAGAUGAAACUCUGCCCUCCUCUGCCUCUCGACGAGCUCUGCCAACUUCAUCCUCUGAAGUCACUCACUCUCCAGGGUACUCCCAGGCUCAGGUCCAGAACCAGAACCAGAACCAGAAAGAAAAAGAGACUCCAGAAUACACCAAUGACUUUGGGAUCUUUAAUUCUCUCUGGUUCUCACUCGGGGCCUUCAUGCAGCAGGGCUGUGACAUCUCCCCCAGGUCUCUCUCAGGUCGAAUCGUAGGGGGCGUUUGGUGGUUUUUCACCCUCAUCAUCAUCUCCUCCUAUACAGCCAACCUGGCAGCUUUCCUGACUGUGGAGAGGAUGGUAUCCCCCAUAGAGAGUGCAGAGGACCUGGCCAAGCAGACAGAGAUCGCCUACGGUACCCUGGACGGAGGCUCCACCAAAGAGUUCUUCAGGCGGUCAAAGAUAGCAGUUUUUGAGAAGAUGUGGUCGUACAUGCGGAGUGCGGACCCUACAGUGUUCGUCAAGAACACCAAUGAGGGUGUGAUUAGAGUCAGAAAGUCGAAGGGGAAGUACGCCUACCUGCUGGAGUCCUCCAUGAAUGAGUACAUCGAGCAGAGGAAGCCCUGUGACACCAUGAAAGUAGGAGGCAACCUGGAUUCUAAAGGCUAUGGAGUUGCCACACCCAAAGGAUCGGCCCUCAGACAUCAGUGGACUUUGUCCAUGUUUUUAUCAGAUGUUCUAAACCCUGUUAACUUGGCAGUGUUAAAACUGAACGAGCAGGGCCUGUUGGACAAAUUGAAAAACAGAUGGUGGUAUGACAAGGGAGAGUGCGGCACCGGGGGAGGGGACUCCAAGGACAAGACAAGCGCGCUCAGUCUGAGCAACGUGGCGGGAGUGUUUUACAUCCUGAUUGGUGGGCUGGGGCUGGCCAUGCUCGUGGCUCUGGUCGAGUUCUGCUACAAGUCCCGAAUCGAGUCGAGAAGAAUGAAGGAGCUCAUCGAUGCCGCCAUGAUGAGCACUAGCCUUAGUGGGAUGGCGGGCGGAGGAGGAGGCGUGGCAGCGGGUGGUUAUGGAGGAGGUGGAGGUGGAGGAGGAGCGGCAUCAGGGCUCGGAGGCGAGAAUGGCCGCGUUGUGGCGCACGAUUUCCCGAAACCCGGAGCUCAAGGUUUACCCUGCAUGAGCAAAGCUGCCGGCCUGGGACUGUCCUCCACGGGCAUGUGAUCAAAACCAAGACUCCUGAUUGUUCCUGUCUGUCAGUCAGUUGGUAAGGAAAGAAAGAAAGGAGGAGACGAGGGGUAGAAAUAAGCGGGAAGAAAAAAUGGAGGAGGUAGGAAGGAAGAGGAGAGAGAGGAGAAGAAAGAGGAGUAAAGAAGAGAUAAUGGAUGGAAGGAGGAAAAAUGAGAGAAGUGAAGGUGAGGAAGAAGGGAGAGAGAAGGAAGUAGGAGGACAGAGGGAGGAAGAGAGGAGAAGAAAAGACGAGAGGAGAUUUGAGGAAGGACAAAAGAAGAAUGGGGGAAAGGUGAGACAGAAAGCGAGAGAAGAAAGGAGGAAGAGUAGUGGAAGGAGGUGGAAACAAGAAAGACUGAGAAGAGGCGAUGUAAGGAUAGGAUAGAGGAAGUGAAAGGGAGGAAAGGAGGGGAAAAAUAAGAUCGGAAGAGAGAGAAUGAAGGGAAGGAGAGAGCAGAAGUACGAGAGAAAAAAAAGAUGCAAAGGAAAAAAAGACAAAAGGAGGAGAGAGAGGGAGGAAUUGGGAAGAACAAGAGAGAAUAAAAGAUGGAGGAAAAUGUUUUGGCAGGCAGGCAGAACGAGGAGUGUUGAUGUUCACCGUGACUGGACUGAAUACAAGAGAACUCUUAUGAACAUAGAGCACCUGUACGCAACACCUGAGCUGAGUCAAGUCAAACAGUCAACAAGCUCCUGCAAGACGAGCAACUGGGCUUAACGAACUAUAAAAAACUGAAACUCUCUACUUUUUCUACGAGCGCUGUCUUAAACUAAACUCCUCCUCUUCUGCAAUAAUAGAACCCAGGGGGAAAACAGGGGAGGGAUUCGCUUUUUUUUUUUUUUUUAACUUCUUAAUUAAUGGACCCGCUCUUCUUCUUUUCCUCGUUCCUGCCCUCCACUCCUCUUCCUCCAGUUCAGCAGUUACACUGAAAGUUUUGUCACAUUCACUCUAAACGCCACUUUCAUAUCAGAGAGGGUUGAGAAAGUCAGAAUUUGAGCAUGUAAACAUUUUAAACCUUUUUAAAUACAGACAAUCACUUGUGUUGGUGAUGAAAAACAUGAGGAAUAUGCUGAUAAUAUUCAGGAGAAUACCUGAUGAGUGAGUCGCAUCCAUAAUAAUACAGUUUGAGCAUGAAGACAGGCGUGUCAUGUGUCACAUGCUGAUUUUUCUGCACAAAAUGCUUUUUGCUUGUCUAUUUUGUGGCGAAUGUACACUGAUCAGAUAUCGUUAGAGGUCUUCAAGCGGUCCAAAAUGUUGGACCCAAUCCGAAAUUAACCCAUGGAAAAACUAUCUGAACCCGACAUGUGUAAAUCAAAUUUAAAAAAAAAAAAAAAAAGAGAGAGAAGAGCAACACCUGAUGCUGCAUGAUGAUCUGUCAAUUAAACAAGCAGCCAUAUAAGAACAAAUGUAAAGUCAGUGAAGCUAUGAACUAAUUAUUUUUGGAAUUAGCUUCUAAGAUGAAUUUAUAGAAAUAAUUGAAAGUUCUGUUUUCACCUCCUGCACCAACAAUAAGACAUUCUGUAGUCAGCUGGACGAUAGAAGAUAAUAUCUAUGAAUCAAAAAUCCAAAAGAAGUCUAAUUGGUCAAUAUUUUAGGAAAUCAGUUAAAAGAUUCAUGCUAUUAAAUGACAGUGUUGGGCAAGAUACUCAUUAAAAAGGUGAUUACAUUACUUUACUACUUACUCAAAAGAAAAAAUAAUUUGUUACAUUACUUUCAUUAUUCAGCUAAACUCCAUCAAAGGUGCCUUUAAACAACUACAAAGCCUCCACACACACACCACAUCUUCUGUAUUAAAACGAGACAUUAUGGUUUAACUGACCAUCAACAUCUUACACUAGCUUAGUGUCGGUACAGUAAAUAAGACAGCAGUUGUCGGGAGAUACUAGAGGCUAACCUCCCUUGCGCCAAGAUAAUGCAUCCCACAGCAGUCUGUCCACCAAACCCCUGUUAGGACAGUCAACAAGCUAACUCGUAAUUUGUCUCGUAAAUGGGGUGCUACUGGGAUUAGUAACUAAUGUAAUCCCUUACACUACGCGUUAAUGGGUUUAGUAACUCAUUAAGUAAUGCAUUACUGGCCAACACUCAUUAUGACAUACCACAUGAUCAGAGCUGAUAUGUGUACGUUCAGGUCCAUUCGGAUCCACAUGGGUAUUUGACUGACCUGGCAACCAAGUCUUGCUUCAACAGAACCAAGUGGACCAGUGAAGACCUCUAAUUGAUGUUCUCUGCCACAGUAUUUAUAAUGAACCAUAUUGGCCUAAAUAUAAGACUUUGUUUUUUUUCUGGAAAUAACCUGUCAAAAAGCAAUGGUUGUGUUAUAUUCAAGGACUAUACAUUUACAUAUUCACAACAUAAGAUAUUAUUUUUGAAGGGAGAGAGUACCACCUCAAUACUACUCUCAUAUCUGUAUGAAGCAACAGCUAGCAGCCAGCUAGCUCAGCUUAGCAUAAUUACUGGAAACAGAGGGAAACAGGAAGUUAUGCUCUGAGUUAAUAAAUAGUCUGCCACAUAAACCCCUGUAACACUACAAUGUAUUGUUUUUAGUUUGGUAUUUGUGCAAAUAAAACAAACAAGAUAUAAUGUGUUAAUUAUUGAUCUUUAGAGGUGCUAAUAGGCUGAGUUUGUUACUUUUGGACAUAGACAGGCUAGCCAGUUUCUAGUCUUUAUGCUAAGUUAAGGUAACUGGCUGCUGGCUGUAGAUUAAUAUUUACGAUACAGACAUGAGUGGUAUCAAUCUGAAAUGUCAAUCUUUCGCCUAGAAAGUGAAUAAGAAUAUUUCCCACAAUGUUGAACUAUUGUUUUAAGUUUGAUUCAUAACACACGAGGGUUCUGGUUCAUGUAGGAAAGUGUGGAAUUCUUAACUGCAGAUUUCUAGUCAUGGAAAAUGCACCAAAGCAUCCUGGAAAACAACAAUCAGGUUUCUGUGUGAACUGUGACAGGCAUCUCAAGUCUAUGAAAUGCUAUUUAUGUCCAAUGUCUUUCUGUUCAGAAACGAGGGAAAGUUAAAAUUGUACAGGAUGAUGUUUUCAGCAUUUGACUGAUAAAUACAGUGAGAGAGCUCAACAUGCUGCAACUGAAGAAAAAACAAGCAGAUUAAUUAUUUUCUCAAUUAAUCAAUUAGUCAUUUGGUCUAUAAAAUGUCAGAAAAUGGCCCAAUGUGAUGUCUUCAAAAGUCUUGUUUUAUCUGAUCAACAGUCUAAAACCUACAAAAUAUUCAGUUCACAGUGAAUUCUAGUGAAAAUCUCCACAUUUGAGAAAUAGGAACAAGCACAUUUUUGGCAUUUUUGCUUGAAAAAUGACUCUUUGAUUAUCAAAACAGUUUCUGUUGACUGAUUAAUCGACUAAUCGUUACAGCUAUAGAAAAGACCUUCACCAUUUUGACAACACAUACGUCACUUUCAAAAAUGCUGCAAAUAAAUAAAACUAGCAAAUUGAGGCAUAAAGAAACUGCAAAUGCAAAUGGAGACUUUUUUGUCUCCUGGAAACUUUUCUAGUUCCACUUUGUUCUGUGUGACUUCCAGCAUUUCUGUAUUUGCUUGCAUUUCUUUCUGUGUUGUCAAAGAUGUGAAGGUGUGUUUUUUCUGUUUGAAUGUGUUUUAAGUUGCAGGGAAUGGAGCUCUCUAGCGCACUGUAGAAAUAAAAUGCUAAAUGUCCACAUGGUCACACGCAAUUCAGUGAACUUAAACUGUAUUUUUAUUUCCUCAAAUGUCUUUUCAGAGAGUAGAUGUCGACUUGGUGAAAUCAGCUCAGUUACAAAGUUAACGUACGUUUAGAAAGUGUCAUUCUGUUGACAACAAAACAUGACAUACUGUAAAUUCUUAAAUAGUAGCCGGGGACUUUAUUUACCUCGACUGCAGCGGGUACCAGGCCUUUAUUUGAAGCACGCUUAUAUUAGAUACAUGCCCUUAUUUCUAAUUCCCUCUGUUUGCUCAUAUUUUAGUAUGAAGCCGCCUUUCAUUCUAAUCUGCUCCCAUUUGCCCCGUUAUGUUACUGCUUUAUGCUGUUAAUACAAACUUAACACUUCCUGUAUCAGUUUCAGAUUCAUUCAUGAUAAAAUCAGACAAUAACACUUUAGAUGAGUAAUCCAGGACAACAAAGUGCUGAAAAUAGCAUGAUUAUAUUGCUGAAUUUAUUCAAUUUAAGCAAUGGAAAUGUACAUUAUGCUUAGUUGGCAUGCACAUUACAGGCACCAGGCAUUUAUCCACCCUUGUCUUUUUGACCCCUUAUUAGUUUGUGGCGACCACACCCCUGGCCAUUACUUGAAACCCGGCUUUUAUUUGAGAAAAUAUGGUAUACCAUUUACUAUUUUAAACCCCCUUAAACUUUUUUUUUUGCUCUGACUCCAGUGCUGCUGAAAAUAUCUGGACAAGAAAAGACAUCAUGCCGUUUACAUUGCUAAGUUAAUUUAAAGGAAGAAGAAAAAACACCACCACUAUUGGGGUGAAUUUUCCUUUAAACUGGAGGUUGCGUGGUGUUCAGUGAACCACAGAUAUGACAUUUUCUGGUGAUGGAAAUCUGGUCUGCCCUGUGGUUUUUUUGGAAAAACAUAUUUGAAAUAUCCUCAGAAAUGUCAAAGUUUGCAUCACUGUUGGUAAAACAGCUGCUCUGGUUGUGUUAUGGUUGAGGUUUGGUUCAAUGUUUCUCCUGUAUUUUCUCCUCAGUGUUUUCUGGACUGAACACAUGACGACGCAGCACCACAGUAGAACUUUUUUAUACUUUGAAACUGAACAAAUAUCAGGAAUAUGUUCACAUUUGUAUGAUAUGAACAUGUGCCAAGCUACACUUGUUUGUCUAAAUGUUAUUUUUAAUUGAUUUAUUAGUUUAAUAAUUUUGAUUUUGUUGAUUCCGUUCAGAUCAGUUAAUCUAUUUAAUAAAAACUCAAUCAUUAUCUCGA